UUACUGAGCAACCACAAUUAACGAGCUUCAUGGUAUUGCACUUAAAUUCAGGGUCACACUUGAUAACUGCUAAUAAACCAGAUUUACAACCCCAAACAGCACAGCUGGAAUAUUUGUAAUAAUAUAGCAUUGGAAUAACUAAUAUGCUGUUACUAAUCAGUAUUAUUUUCAUCUUGUGGGUUUCCUGUGCUCAUGGACAAGGAGGAACUUGUGAUUUUCCAGAAAUAAAACAUGGAAACAUAUAUGAUGAAGACAGAUAUAAACAAAGCUUCCCCGUUGCUAUAGGAAAAUAUUUCUACUAUUCCUGUGAUCACAGCUUUGUGUCUCCUUCACAGUCACUCUGGACUCAAAUAAUCUGCACAGAGGAAGGAUGGUCACCAACACCAAAGUGUAUCAGGCAGUGCUUUUUCCCUUGGGUGGAAAAUGGUCAUUCGGCAUCUUCAGGACAGACACACCAGGAAGGUGACACUGUACAAAUUGUCUGUGAUACAGGCUACAGCCUUCUAUAUAAUCAGAGCAGCAUCCGAUGUGCAGAAAGUGGCUGGUCCACUCCUCCUAAAUGCAGUCAGCGAGACCCUAAAGGAAAAUGUGAUCCCCCUCCACCUAUUGACAAUGGAGACAUUACCUCAUUCCCAUUACCAGCUUAUGCUCCAGGAUCAUCAGUUGAGUACCAAUGCCAGCACUUCUAUGCACUUCAGGGAAACAGGACUAUAAUAUGUAGGAAUGGACAGUGGUCAAAACCACCAAAAUGCUUGGAUGCAUGUGUGGUAUCAGAAGAAAUCAUGGAAAAGCAUAACAUACAAUUACGAUGGAGACAUGAGAAAAAAUUUUAUUCUAAAACAGGGGAUAAUAUUGAAUUUAUAUGUAAAGCUGGAUAUCAUAAAAAGUCACCAGCUCAUGCAUUUCGAGUAACCUGUUGGGAAGGGAAAGUGAUGUAUCCCACUUGUGUAUAAAGCAAUGGUUAAGAUGCAGUCCUAAAAUUAAAAU